CGGACGGUGACGUGAGGGUCACGCGAGGCGGCGGUUAGACUCCAAAUCGUGGAGAACGUCCGAGCUCGGUGAUGGCACGCGCAGGUUUGGUGAUGGAGCGGUUCGUGUCGCUGCUCUGCUGCCUCGGCCUGGCCCUCUGCAUCCCCCGAACUGACGUGCAGCCCAAGCCGUGCCAGGCCCCGGAGCAAUGGGAAGGCAGGGCCGUCGUUUACGACCACAACACGGGCAGGAACAAUCGGGUACUUCUUUCAUACGAUGGCAAAAACCAGCGCGUCCGCGUCCUGGAGGAAAGGAAAGGCCACAUCCCCUGCAAAAAAUUUUAUGAAUACAUUUACCUAUUUAAAAAUCCAGUCCUUUUCAAGAUUGAGCAAGUGACAAAGCAGUGCUCCAAGCUACCUCUCACUCAGCCAUGGGAUCCAUACGAUAUCCCUGAGAACUCCACUUAUGAAGAUGAAUACAGUAUUGGUGGGCCAGGAGACCAGAUUAAGAUCCAAGAAUGGUCAGACAGAAAACCUGCUCGUAAAUUUGAAAAAUGGAUUGGGGUAUACACAGUUAAGGAUUGCUAUCCAGUGCAAGAGACAUACACCAAGAGCUACAAUGUAACAACAUCCACUCGCUUUUUUGAUCUGCAGCUAGGGAUCAGUGACCCAUCUGUCUUCACCCCACCAAGCACCUGCCAAGCAGCCAGCAUGGAAGAGAUGAGCAAUGACUGUUCAUUAUUGGUAUUAGCUUAGACAACACAGUACCAUUUAUCAAGUGCAUCUGUCAGUUUCAACUUUUUCUGUAAAACACAUCAGUUGUCAACUCCUUUUGGCAGCUGGUGUGUAAAGGUGUCUGUUCAAUUCACUGUGUAGGAGUAGAACUGUUCUAUACACAAUUCAAUCAUUGACUGUGGUGUUACCAAGAAAAACUUGGAUGUUUUGCUUGUAGCUUCCCUGUUUGGAGAUAAACAUGCUUCAGAGUAGCCUUGCAUAUGGGUGAUCUGCAUAGCUGAGCCUACCUGUGAACUAGCUGCCACCUAGUAAUAGUAUUGCUACAAACAUAUACAAGUAAUUAAAUGUAGUUGAAAUUAAAUCAACACAUGAGAACUACAAUUGUUAAACCCAAGUAAUAGGCUAGAUAUAGUCCUAUUUCGGUACUCAACAAUGAAUGUGAUUGAGAUUUUAUUAUAGCAUUUGUGUGCAUUAUAAGCACCAUUUAAAAAUAUUUAGAAAGGUUAAUGCUUUGCUUUGAGCAACAGUAUCCUUUUUGCCUCAAGGGACAGAGAAUUUUUUUUAUUUCACCUUUGUUGUGCUUGAGGAAGAACACAUUAAUUGAGUUGUUUUUCAGUAUCAAAUUGCUUUUGCAAUGGUGCAAUUAAAAGUGGGAAAUUUGCUUAAUACCACUUCAAGAGGUGCUAUGCAGGCUUAUGUCAGUUUCUGUAAGAUGCAGAUAGUUCUGUAGAGUAUCAUCUGAAAUUGAUGUUGAGAACAAAUUUCUUCAUGAGGAGUUUAACUUGGGCAUCCUGAGUAGACAUUAACUGUUUCUCCAGAGCAGCUGGGAUGUUAACUGUCUGCUUUGCUGUCCAAAGUACUGUUCAGGCUCCCAUCUUUCGUUAAGAAAAACUAUCCAGUUUAUUGUUUUGAAAGUGUGAUUUAAUGAGCUACAUGGAAGAACUAUUGAUUACUAUUGCACAUUUUAAAUCAGUAAUUCUCUUAAAGAUGUAUUUGUAAAUUGUGUUAUUUGUGCAGUCAGUUCUUGCCAUAUUUAAUAUUUUUUUAAUUAUGACUAAUAAAAUUAAAAUUAAAGUUUUCCUCA